GUAAUAAGAAGAACUGGUUAACUGGAGUUUGCCUCCCAUCAAACUGUGUUUAGAUCGUCGCCAUUCGAUAAUCUUUUCUAUUUACAGAGAGAAAAUGAAGGUACGUUAGAGAAUAAUAGUUACGCGUCGAACAACGAGCGUACGAAAGAUAUGAGAUGGUCGAGAAUCGAGGUUAAGAGCUCGUCCGUUGUGUACAAGGGAACGUAUACAAGUUUCUAUGCGUAUCGUACAUCGUCAGGGGAUGAAAACAAACCUAUGCGUUCGUCAAGUAUUUAAAAGUUUCACUGAUUUAUCUAGAAAUAUUAGUGCGGGGAUGUGCAACAACUCUGGAUGUGCGUGUCUGACAACUAGGAUAUCUAUGGAGGUAGUGAAAUGAUGCGUUUAUUUAUUUAUUUUUUUUAUAUUGGAUGUAAAAAAAUGUCACGGUAUUUAAGUAUUAUCUGUUAGUUAUAAACAAUGUGCUAAACGCGCGACGAAAAGUGCCAUACAUGUACGAAUGUUUAUUGUGCAUGCAUUCUACACGUUUAAUCAUGGUUUUUGGGUGAACCUAUCUAUGCGGAUAUGGACCGCGAAAUACCUAGCGUUCCUAUCACCACAUUAGCAGGGGUGACAAGUCUCAGCGACUUGUUACCCGAAAUGCCUUUACCCACUCCUCUACCUCAAACGUUGAGUAAUAAAUCGCUACUUUUUCAUCCAAGGGUUGCUGAAGAGGCUCUUAACCUACUUGGCGUUCGAGACGAAACUCUUGUACCCCAAUUAGUUCAAUCGUUAGUUCAAACGUCAGCCGAACACAUAGAAAUUAAAGAUAACUAUGCUACAACACAACCCCCUGUUUAUCAACAAGAGGGAAUUCCAGAAUUGUUACGUGCUAUGAUUGACACGAAUCCAAAUCUUUUUAAUGGAAUUGGAAAAGCAACAUCUCAAUGGAACCGUCCCGCAAAUCAUCACCAAUCAGCGGCGGUUCACUGUGAUACACCCCAACCAACGAACGUGACGUUACCAAAAACCGGUCAAAUGUUGAUCACCGGAAAUCAACGUCUAUCUACGGCGCCCGAACAACUGCAACCCUUACCCCAAAAAGUACCCAACAGCACCCACAUAUCAAAGGAAGAAAAUUUUCAACAAAUUUAUUCCCACGAAACCAACACCACCGAAUUACGACAAUUACGGCGACCAAUGAGAGGUCCAUCACCUGCACAAGCGAGCGAUGCGCCAUCUCAAUCGCCCGUUCCACCGACGGAAACUCACAAUACGAGAUCGAAAACAAAUAAAGACGAAACAUUAAACGAGACGACUAAAAAAGAGCCAAGUCCAGCCAAAGAGACACCGAACGAAACGGCGCAACGAUCGAGAUCGAAUUCGACGGAAACUGCUAGGGAUAAAGACAAAGACACGUUACCUCCCGGUGUGAUGCUGCCGAUCGUUCGAUUGCAGCGGAUAUCGACCGAAGAUCAACAGCUGAUGCAGCUCAGCUUGUCAGAUUUCGCGGAGAAUCGGCCGAAAUUAGCCAAAGAACUGGGUAUAUUACCAAUCGCUAAUAACGCAGCCGGCGACUAUUACGCCGACAAAUUUUCCGAAUUGGUCGGGAAUAAAAGGAGAUGGAGAGAGGAUAAAUCUGAACAAGUUGUGGUUAAGCCCAAAUUGAGGCGGGUUAAAAAGAAAUAUGUUCCGGUGUUGGAAAAAUUAUCCGGAGAGGAAUUAAUGGAAACUAACACGUUUGAUAGGUUCAAUAGAAACUUGGAACACGUUUUGAAAAGUUCCGAAGGGUUCGAUUACGCUGAAAUAACGGAUGAUGGCGUUGUUCCAGCGGAAUAUUUAUUAAGUAGACACACGUUACAAGAACUCACCACGGAAUCUGCAAAAUUAAAAAUUUUGGGGGCUACCGAAAUGAUACCUGCCGAAAAAUUAGUUCAAUUAUUGAACGUUUUGGAAAUUAAUAUAAGAGGUGGCGAUCGAGUGACGCCCAUAACUGACGAGGAAAACGAAAGGGUCCGACAAAUUUGGGUGGAAACGGCGAUGGAGAGGAUAAUGGGGGCGGCGGACGCUUGUUUAAUAAUUUUGUACGUUUUGACGUCCCCAAACAUGCCGAAACGUGUAUACAUAGAAGACGUAAUCGAGCGGGUUGUAUUAUUUAUAAAAUAUCAUAUGCAAAACACAAUAUUUCCAUCGUACGAUUCAACGUAUCGCUUAGAUAAUAAGAAAAAGGACGGUCGAAAAAAGAAGGCGAUACAUGUAUUAGAAAAAUCGGUAACAGGCCUUUACAGUAAAAUAUCGGUACUAAUUAAUCUGUUAUCGGAGCUAUUAAACAUACAGAUCUUAACUGACACGUCGGUUUUACACGCCUCAUCAAUGGGGGUGUCCCCUUUCUUUGCGGAAAACGUAAACGAAAUUCAAUUAGCUAGUUUAAAGUUGGUUACGACAAUUUUUACGAAAUACGAAAGCCACCGUAGGUUGUUAUUGGACGAUAUCUUGGCUUCAAUCGCUCGCCUUCCAAGCAAUAAGCGCAGUUUAAGAACUUACAGGUUAAAUAGCGAGGAACACAUACAAAUGUUAACCGCUUUAGUAUUGCAAUUGAUCCAAUGCGUCGUCGCUUUACCCGAAAAUUUAAACAAUAAGACUCGAUCGAUCGGCGAUACAACUCAAAACGAAAACGUUAAAAACGUCGAUUUAGACGUGCUUAUUUGUAACAAAUACGAAAAAGCCACUUCGACGGCGGCUACGUUCCUCACGGUUUUCCUGAGCAAAUGCGGAAAUAGAUCUGAAGAUAUCGAUUAUAGGCCGUUGUUUGAAAAUUUUAUUCAAGAUCUUUUAUCGACGGUCAAUAAACCCGAAUGGCCGGCGACAGAACUUUUGCUCAGCAUCCUUGGUAAAAUGUUGAUGAAAAAUUUUACGAAUAAAGGUACCGAUAUGUCUCUACGCGUCGCUAGUUUAGAUUAUUUGGGUGUAGUCGCGGCUAGACUUCGAAGAGACAGCGUUGUAUCCCAUUAUAAAUUAAACACAAUCGAUCAAAUGAUAAAAGAGAUCAAAUCGGAAGAAAUGAAGGAUAACGACCGAGACGAUGAUGACGACGUGGACGACGACGAUGACACCGACGACGUUGACGCGAAUAAAAAAUCGGUUUCGAACCCCGACGAAGAGAGAACGCAAUUUUUACAAAGGGUUUUAUUAGAUUUCUUGGCCGUAAACGCCCAAAAUGAAGAAGCUCACCGAUACGCGCGUCAUUUUUAUAUAGCCCAAUGGUACAAAGAAGUCGUUAAUGAAAAAUCGCAAUUAGCCACCGGCGAAAAAAAUAAUAAACGUACUGGUUCUAAAGAGAACCAUAAAAAUCGUAGUAGGGUCAUAUCCGAUGAUGAACAUAGUUCCGACGAAGAAAAACAUCGGAAAAACGAAAAAAUGUCGCGAGAUCAAAGUAACGUCGAAAAGUUUCGGCUGUUGGAGGAAAGAAAAAAGUUUUUAUUAACGAAAAUUCGACCGUUUCAAGAAAAAAUGUCCGCUGGUAACCGGAUACAGGUUUUUCAAACUUACAUCGAUUACAACAGCGCCGAAUUAAUCGCUCAAUUCCUCGCGUCAAAACGUUACUUUUCUCAAAGUUUCGACGUCUACCUUCGCGCCAUUUUAAUCGUACUUCGCGAAACAUCCAUAGCCAUUCGGACUAAAGCUUUGAAAUGUCUCACGAUGAUCGUGGAAGCCGAUCCAGCCGUUUUGGGACGACACGAUAUGCAAAUGAGCGUAAAUGGCUCUUUACUCGAUCAUUCGACAUCCGUUCGAGAAGCUGCCGUCGAUUUGGUUGGAAAAUUUGUCCUCAGCCGACCCGAAUUGAUCAACAAGUAUUACGAGAUGUUAUCGGCGAGAAUUUUAGACACAGGAGUUAGUGUGCGAAAGCGCGUCAUUAAAAUUCUUAAAGAUAUCUGCAUCGAGUGUCCCGAGUUUCCCAAAAUACCCGAAAUUUGCGUCAAAUUGAUUCGGCGCGUUAACGAUGAGGAGGGAAUUCGAAAACUGGUUAUGGAGGUUUUUCAAAAUAUGUGGUUUACGCCGAAUAAAAGUACACCCUUAAUUAGGAAAGUUAUGAAUAUUACCGAUGUAGUUGCAUCGUCUAAAGAUAUUGGAUUGGAAUGGUUUGAGCAGUUACUUAUUAGCUUAUUUAAACCUAAAGAAGAUAAAGAUGAUUCGACAAAAAUACAAGUGGAACCACCAAGAGCGCUCCUAUUGGCUUGUAAACAAAUUGUGGAUUGUUUAAUAGAAAAUAUUUUACGAUUAGAAGAAACGAACGACAAUAACACGGCAUCCCAGAGGCUCGUUGCUUGUUUGGCGACGUUGUAUCUCUUUGCAAAAAUCAGGCCUCAAUUGUUAGUGGCGCACGCGUUAACGUUACAACCUUACCUUAGCUUGAAAUGUCAAUCGAAAGGUGAGACGCAAAUUAUUUGUAACGUUGCGCGAAUGUUAGAGCUGGUUGUACCGCUUAUGGAACAUCCCAGCGAAUCGUUUCUCGCUCAAUUAGAAGAGGAUUUGAUGAAAUUGGUGAUUCAACACGAUAGAACGAUUGUUUCUAGUAGCAUAUCGUGUUUGGGUUCGAUAGUGAACAACACCACGCGAAAUUACAAAUUAAUUCGCGAGUGUUUUGAUAAGUAUUAUACAUAUUUGCUACGGUACAAAUCGCGGUUGGAAGUUCAUGCGAACGAUCCCGCCAUUAAGAACAACAUCUGCCGGCAGUAUUUCCGUAGGGCUUUGUUUAUCGUCGGACUUUUAUUGCGACAUUUCGAUUUUCGCGAUUCCGAAGUAAUAGGGGAUCUUUCCCCAGACAUCAAAGAUCAAGUUUUUAAAACGAUGAGUUUCUUCUUGCUACAACAAGAAUUUGAUAUACAAGCGAACACUUUGAAAUCGAUCGGCUCGAUAUGUAUCCGUCAUUACGAGUUUAUGUUGGAACCAGAAUUGAAAUCGUUUUAUCACAAAAUGUUGACUUCCGAUGAUGUUCCUUUGAAGAUGAAAAGCGAGGUGCUUAUUAAUAUCGAAAACUAUCUUUUGGAGGAGGAUAAACGCAUGAUACAACAAGAUUUGGAAUGGGCUAAAAGAUCGAAAGGGGAAAAUUUAAAGGAGAUGGGCGACGUUUCAUCGGGGAUGGCCAGUACGGUUAUUCAAUUGUAUUUAAAAGAAAUUCUGCAGUCUUAUCUACACCCGGCUUUAGGGGUCCGCCAACCAGCUUUAAGAGUAAUCCAACUUAUUUUGCAACAAGGUCUUGUUCAUCCGGUCCAGAUUGUUCCAUAUUUAAUUUGUAUGACAACCGAUUGCGAAAAAGUGGUAUCUCACAGCGCCGAUAAACUAUUAUUAGAAAUAGAAAAGAAAUAUCCUGGAUUUAUCCACACGAAAUCGUCAUUGGGCGUGCGACUUUCGUAUCAGUUGCAACUGAUCUUUCAAAGUAGCGACAUCAUUAGGGGUUUCGUGGUAAAGGUUCAAGGCGAGUACCCCACCGCCCUUAACACGUAUUUAUACUCUAUACUUCGUAAUUCGAGACAGCAGAGACGUGCCUUAGUUUUAAACAUUUUAAAACAAUUCGACGAUCAAGCGCGUACGAGCUUAUCUUAUAUGUUGUACCUGGCCGAUAAUUUGGCAUAUUUUCCGUAUUUGGUACAAGACGAACCGUUAUUUAUCGUACAUCACAUUGAUAUAAUGAUAUCGGUUUCCGGUACUAAUUUACUUCAAACAUUUCGUGAGGGUCUUAUGAUGCCUGAAAAUCAAAAGUUAGCUUCCGACAACAAUCCCGAAGUAAAUAUUGCAAUAUCAGCUUUAGACGAAGACGACGAUGACCCUGAGGCACUUGUUGAACGUGUUCCCGAGGAUACAUCACAAUUACAAGCUUGUAUAACGGCCGCGCAGGGUUGUUUUCUUCUCUUAAUGUUGAAACAACAAUUAAAAGACGUUUAUGGGUUAAGCGAUGGUAAAAUUCAACAAUAUACACCUUCCGAGCCGGCUAAAGUUUACGAAAAAACCGCUUCUCGUCGAAAUAAUGCUUUGUUCAAUCCAACGAUGACGUUAAAUAAACUUAAGGAAGGGGCACCAUCCGAGUUUUUGGAUCAAGAAGGACGUAAAGAUCUCAUAAAGCAAUAUUUAGAAUUUAAACAAUUAAUGUUACAACUCGAUCCUGACGAUCCAGAUGAUGAGGAGGGUAACAAAGCAUUAACAGCCUUGAGUACAGCAGGAACCGGGGCGAAUUCGCUUUCUAUGAAUGCUAGUUCAGCUACCGUUUUAUCAGAUGCGGAUAAAGUUGCUUUGACAAAUUAUAAGGAUAAUUUACCACCAAAAGUGCCCAAGUUAGUGAUUUCAAAUAGAAGGUUGGACGGUGAACAUAAACGUACGCCGCGACAAAAACCUGAAAAGAAAAAACAUCGGCACAAGAAAAAGCGACGAAAAUUUGUGAGUUCGUCGGGCGAUGAAAGUGAGAACGAUUACAGCGAUCCCGACUAUAUGGCUUAAAGCAGCAAUCGUAAAAACAAAUAAAAAAACAAAACUAAUGGCGGUGUGAAAAGGCGAUUAAGUGAACGUGAAAAAAAAAAAGACAAAUUUAAUUACUAAUGAGGUGUACAGUGAAAAGUAGUGUUAGUUUGGAUAUUGUAAGAUUUAUCAAAAGAUUUUUUAUAAGAACUACAUAGGAAAAGAAACCGGACAUUGAGGUUUUUUUUAAGAUGCACUUUUUUCCGUUGACGGUAAAAAAAGAUAAUACAAGGAGUUUUGACGUUUAGAGAUGAAUAUGUAACGAUCGUUCUUUUGUUUUCAUUUUUAAAAUGGUUUUUCUAGUUAUUUUUUUUUAUUUUUAGUUAGAAUAAAGGAACUAUAUUUUACAUGUCGUUCUGCCGUUAGUUAAUUGAUAUAUAUGUAAAAUAAUGUUUUCAUUUUUUUUAUAAAUUUUCUGAUCUCACAUAUUUUCAUAUUUAUUUGUUUUAAAGGACUAUUAGUCAGCAGUAGAUGCAAUUUAUUAAAGCUCUCUAUGGUUAAGCAAUAAAGCAACGUUAUUGCGGAGUAUUUUGUUUUGAAAAUAUAAUAAGAAUUCAGAUAGAGUUGAGAAAUUAAGUUGUACAUAUAUAUUAAUUAAUGGUGAUAAAAUUUAACUCUUUUAAAUCGAAAUAGAAAAGUUUUGUAAAAUAUUGUUCCGGGAAAAAAAUGAAAAAAAAUAGUUUAAAGACCAAUAUGUACAAAUAUACUAAAAAGAAAUGCCGAAACGAGUCGCUUCUUCUCGAAAUGAAGCUAAAAGACCAAGGCUUAUCAGAAAAAAUAAUGAUCCCAAAAAAUGAAUAGAAGCACAAAAUAAUAUUUCCGUUAUUUAAAUUUAUUUUUUAGUAACGUUAGGUUUAGCAGCUUCUGUAUUUUUACCUAGACUGUGUAGGAUGUUCAUUUUUUGACAAGUUUUCUUAUUCGUGAUAGAUUCAUUCGCAAUAUUAUUUAUUAUUAUUAUUAUUUUAAUAUUGCUUACUUUAAAUAACCUGCUCACAAAAAUUUUUUUAUUCUACACCCACUAUUCGUUUUUCAAAUACUUUUAGAGCUAUAAUUAUUUCGAUUUAUAUCUAAAUAAAGGACGAUAAUCUCACUAACAUCAAAAAGAUCAUCACAUCCGCAUUCAUUUUAGAUCAUAUAUAUUACUGAAGCAGGUUAUUCAUGGUAAAAACAAUAUUUAUCGGUUUCUAGAUUUUUCGAUAUAAUAAAGAAAAAAUAAAGCAUCUGGCAUAAAGGCAUUUGUCAACAGUCGUUAUUUAAAUUCAUUUCUCGUUGUAUAAAUUAAAAGUACUAAUAUGUAAUAAAACUGAUCCACAUAGAAUGUAACACUAUCGGCUGCUGACAAAUUAACUGUUAGACGUUUUUCUCUUAUGUAAAAGUCCGAUUUGUAUUUAAAUAAAUUUAUAUUUGUAAAUAUUUCAUUUAAA